UUAGUUUAGUCGGUGUAGACUAUUUGAGUGCAAAGAAGCAAGUACGAGUUUAGCAGCAAGAAGCUGAAUUUGAAAUAAUAAGAAAAAGAUCAGGCUUUAUUCAUAUAUAUUUUAAAUGGAGUUCCGUUUUUGAACGUUUAAUUUUAAAAGCUGGGCGAUCCUGCAAUUAAAGGCUCCUAUAUACGAUACUAGCACGGUUAUUUCCCAAAAGAAGACAAGUAGACCGGGGUGCGUUGGCUGGUGAAGCAGAGGACAGAUCGCCUGGAGCCAGACUCAUCGUUCGUCAGGACGAUGGUGCUGGACAAGGAGGAAGGUGUGCCAAUGCUCUCUGUACAGCCCAAGGGGAAACAGAAGGGGUGUGCUGGCUGCAACAGGAAGAUCAAGGACCGCUACUUGCUCAAGGCCCUUGACAAAUACUGGCAUGAGGACUGUCUAAAAUGUGCUUGUUGUGACUGCCGUCUUGGCGAGGUCGGGUCCACCCUGUACACAAAAGCAAACCUUAUCUUGUGUCGCAGAGAUUACUUGAGGCUCUUUGGUACCACUGGGAACUGUGCAGCUUGUAGUAAGCUUAUCCCAGCCUUUGAAAUGGUGAUGAGAGCCAGAGAUAACGUUUACCAUUUGGACUGUUUUGCCUGUCAGCUUUGUAACCAGAGGUUUUGUGUAGGAGACAAAUUCUUCCUAAAGAACAACAUGAUCCUUUGUCAGGUGGACUAUGAGGAGGGGCAGCUGAAUGGAAGCUUUGAAACACAAGUUCAGUAACCGGAGCCCCUUCCCAAGUGCUGAAGCAUUACUGGAUAGAUGUUCUGCUGCACUCAAAGCGCUGAGCGUCUGUCUGCUUGCCUGCAAUACUUUUGAAUCUGUAUUGGUCCAGAAGGACUGUAUUGUACAUGUAGUACGUCUUAUUUUGCCCCCAACAAUAAGCAGUUACAAGUUAGAUGUACAGUUGUGCCUGCUUAGCUGAGCACUGCAUUGCCUGUAUGUUUGUGAUUAUUUUUGUUGUUGUUUUCCCUUUUUGGGUAGGGUUCCUGGGAGGGUCUGUACAGUGUUUUUCUGUAUAUAUAAACUGGAACAUUUAUUUUAUGAAAAUGUAAUGCAAUUUUACUACUAGUGUGA